GUACGCAUGCACAAGACGAUCAGCUGGUCUCAGUGCCAUCUGUAUCGCAAUUAGAACAGUUCAACAGUGUUGUGACCCGGGGAGGAACCAUGAAUUUGAUCUACCUGGCUUUGCUCUGUGCAGUGGUGCAUUGUGGGAGUUGUGCUCAAGUAUUUGUCAAGUUCCUGACCCCUCCACAUGGAUACACGCAUAAUCUGCAUAUAAAUACUAGAGGUGUAGCAGUGUCUAAGGAGGAGAGGAUCUAUCCUAGCCAGAGUCAAAGAUAUCAGCAGACUGGGAGAACUUACAGCAGACCUACCUCUCCGACGAACAGCUACUACUAUCCUCGGCCUCGCAAACCAUUCGAGGAGUAUGGACCCCCACCAGUAUACCAGAGAGAGCAGCUGAUUCCCCCACAGCAAAACCAAGGGCGAUUUUUCCCUGCGGUGGGGCCAGGUCUACCACGGAUACCUCCGCCCGAACCUUACCUCCCCACUGGCGAGUACAUGAAUCCUGCACUGAUGGGUCUAUCCCAGCACACUACUGAGGUGACAUAUGAUCCUCUCCUGAUCACUGGCCCUGAAGCUGCCCAAUACGUGAGUUACCUAUUCAGCAAAGGGGAGUUGUUCUUUAAUCUGAUUCCACAUGAACGACUUGUUCUUAUGAACCAACAAGACAGAGUCAAGAACAAUCUACUUCCACAUCUCCUAGCAAGUAUAAGGCCGGGGCAUCCGUUUUUCUACCAUAGAUAGCUUUUAACCCUGAAUCUUUCAUUGUAGAAAUACCAAUGCAUUAAGGUCAAAUUGAAAAGUAUUUAAAUUUUGCAUUCGUAUAAACUUAUUUAAUUAUUUUUAUUUGAGUUAUUGUGAAAAAUGUGAUAUUUUUAACCUAGAGACACAACAAAAGUAAAGUAUGUAUGAAAAGGUUAAACAAUGUAAUUUUAACAAAGAAAUUGGUUACAUAUUUAUAUUAUAUGUAUAUUAAUCAAUUCUAGUGCCAUACUAAAUGAAUUGAACACAAAUCAAAAGACGAAAAAGAAACUAAUUAGGUCCGUUAUUGUGACCAUUAUAAAGUUACCUAAAUCUUACCUUAUAGUUACCUGAUAAUAAAGUUAAGAAGCUAUACAAAUAAUCUACUAGUAAGAAAUAUAAUUUUAGGGGAAUCACUAUUUCUAAUCACUUAUUCCUUGAUGACAAAUUUAUACUAUUAAAAAAUACUAUAAGUGGUUUAAAAUAUCUGUAUUAUAUCCUUAAUCAAAUUGGUUUCUGUGGCAACUAGUUUCGGCUCACAACGGCGCCAUCAUCUGGUGUUACGAGAACAGGAUUGCUUCUUCUUCAGGUCAUCUUAUUUCACAUAUAUUUAAAAACAACGAAAACACAACACGCAUGACUAGAGUUUUUUAACGACGUCAGGCAGUAGUUUACGUGUAGACUGUACGAAACUAGUUGCAACAGCAACUAAUUGGAUUACUGGUACAGGUAUUUUAAACUACUUAUCCUAUAUCAUGUUAAUCCGGAGGAUACCCAUCUUGAAAAAUUACAUUAAAAAAUGCUUCAAAAAUAAACAAUUGUUUUCCAACAUUAUACAUUAAGGCAGUAAAAUUGUACAGUAUGUAAAUAAAUACUCUGUGAGAUA